AUGAAUCAGUUAAUCAGAACUUUUACACCUGGUUUCAUUUCCCUUGUUUAUAUUCUCUCGUUGGCGACUAUAUCCACUGCUAUCAAGCUCUCGAGCUCCAGUCAACACCUAUGCCAACAAUUGGAAACUCUCGAAAAUUACACUAUCACGUCAAACGAAGUCAUAUAUGAGACUCUCAGAACCAAGAACUGGGUUGAAACAGCGUGGGGAGAACCUGCGUGCAUAUUCAAGCCACGUCUAGUUAGCGAAUUGCAGAUAGCACUCCCGCUGAUUGUUGAUUCAAAUGUGAGCUUUGCCAUUCGCUCCGGCGGUCACUCUCCCCACCACGGCUUCGCAAAUUCCGAUGGUGGCGUUCUCAUCGAUAUGGGUAAUUUUGACCGCCUUGAUCUUAAUCAAGAGGACCAAGUUGCUAGUAUUGGACCAGGACUCACUUGGGGUGAUGUUUACACUUACCUUGAAUCGUAUCAAUACGUAGUGGUGGGUGGAAGAGUGUUGGAUGUUGGCGUGGGUGGUUUAACACUCGGAAGCGGCCUCUCUUGGCUCACAGACCUUUAUGGUCUGGCUUGUGAUAAUAUGGUGCUCGCAAAUGGAUCACUUGUCCAUGCUAGUAAUGAAGAGAACACUGACUUAUUCUGGGCACUAAAGGGCGGAGGGAAUAAUUUUGGCAUCAUUACUGAGCUAUCACUCAGUGCCUACCCCCUCGGUAAGAUCUGGGGAGGGAUAAAGAAGUAUGAUAUCAAGGAUCUUCCCGUGGUAAUGGACGCCUACUACGAAUACCAGAGUGCAGCUAAUAAAGAUCCUCAUGCUAAUUUGAUCAUCCUCACGUCCGCCACAAAUGCGAGUGUGGGUAUUUGGGUAUCGAUGAUCUAUCUGAAGCCUCAGGAAAACCCCGCCGCGUUUUCGGCUUUCUAUGGUAUCAACACGAUAUCAGAUAGCACAGCAAUCAAAAAAUUCACAGAAUACAUGGCUGAAUAUGCUAUACCUAAGUUUGAGCGUCUCGAUUGGCAUGCCAUAAGCUUCGUCAGAUCCCAGUCACUUUAUAAAGAUAUUGUUGAUAUCAUUGUAAACUCCUCAGCCGUAGAAACCAUGCAAUCCUUGGCUGGUGGGUUCAUGACAGCUACCAUACAACCCAUAUCCCCCAGGGUCGCUCAACAAGGAAAGGCUCGAGGCGGAAACACAUUAGGCCUUGUCGAGGUUGAUCAGACUUGGCUGGCAUUUACCGCCGCAUGGCUGCAGCCGGAUGAUGAUCAAACGGCACAUGCUGCUGGCGAUAGCAUCAUAGAGGAGGUCCUUGGCGUAUCUGAAAUCGACGACAAUUAUAUUCCUUUCAUCUUUAUGAAUGAUGCAAGUUGGAGCCAGGAUGUUAUUGGAAGCUACGGGGAAGAGAAUAUUCGGAGGCUAAAACAGGUACAAGAACAGUAUGACCCGGAUAAAGUAUUCCAACGCAUGGUGCCCGGUGGUUUUAAAUUACCCUAA